CUCUCUUGUAAUUCUCCCUAUAGUAGUAACACAUACACACACACUUAUUCACUAAGUGUGUUUUUUAUUUUUUGAGGUUUUUAAGUCUCUUAUUAUUUGUAGUUAGAAGAAGUACUAUUCGACUAGCAUCUCUUAAUUUGUUUCUUAAUCGAGAUCAUAUCAAAUGGGUUUAACUUCACUUCAAGUUUGCAUGGACUCAUCCGACUGGUUUCAGGGAACAAUUCAUCAAGAUCAUCAAGAAACAGGAAUGGACUCAUCAUCACCAUCAGGAAUCACUGAUCCAAUGCUUGCAUGUUCAAGGCCAUUAAUGGAAAGAAGACUUAGGCCACAACAUGACCAAGCUCUCAAAUGCCCACGCUGUGAUUCCACACACACCAAGUUUUGUUACUACAACAAUUACUCCUUAACCCAGCCUCGUUACUUUUGCAAAACAUGUCGUCGUUACUGGACGAAAGGUGGUACCCUUCGUAACAUUCCUGUUGGGGGCGGUUGCAGAAAAAACAAAAAAGUCUCUUCGACUUCCAAGAAAACCGCCCCCAACAGCAAUAACAGUAACAAUAACAGUAGUAAUAGCCCACAUUUUAUAAACCCUAGCCAUAAUCCUAACCCUAAUUAUAAUCAUAAUCCUCAGAUGAUUAUGAAUUCUACCGAUCUUCAACUAUCCUACCCUGAAUCAUCAAUGCAGUUUUCUGCAUCGAGUUUGUUUGGGAUGGGGAAUACGAGUAGCAUACCGAAUUUUAUGUUUGAGAAUUUGAAUAGUAAUGCUACUAGGGCUAUUGAUUUUAUGGAAAAUGUAGGUGGGAAUGUUGGGAAUCAAUACAUGGGAAUGAUGGGCAACGGUGGUUACGCGGCGGAGAUGGGUGGCGUAAAUGUGAUAGGGGGACAAAACUAUCAUAACAAUGGGAACCUAUGCACACCCUUUGGAGGGAUGACACUCGAUUCGAUUAAUAAUCCUUUUAUGGAAAGAGGUAAUUUGAUUGCAUAUACUAAUAAUAGUCAUCAUGAUCAUCAAGGAAAUGACGAUGUGAAUGACCAUCAUGAUGCUAUUAGUUCUCUUGAUGUGAAACCAAAACUUUUGGCUUUAGAAUGGCAAGAUCAAAGCGGUGCGAGUUCUGGUGUCGGUGGCGGUGGAGGGUAUAUGACUACGGGUCUUGGGUCAUCAUGGGGUGGGUUAAUGAAUGGGUAUGGACCAUCAACGACAAACUCGUUGGUGUAGUGGUUAUUUGGACCAUAUAUAUAUAUAUGAGGGUUGCAUGACUAGAUCGAGUUCAAGUUAUUAACUUUUGAUAAUGAGUGUGAAUGGGACUACGUUCAAAGAUGACUGCUUUGGUGGAAUAUGGAGAUAUCAUAUCUUUGGUAUUUUUAAUAUUUAAUAUAAAAAAUAUUUAGUGGUGUUGUUGGAUGAAUGUUAUUUUAAUUGACAUUCUAGAUUGGUAGGAUUUUGUGACAUAUCGAGAAAGAUAAUUUAGUGUGUUUUUUUAUUUAAUGUUUCUUUAUUUUA